AUGGGCUGCGGAAACUCGAAGGUUGAUGAAGACGACCAGACAUCUUCAGAAGAAGACAGCUAUGGUGGAGCCUUGCAAAAUGGCUUCGGGCCCCUUGAUUGGGGCAUUUCCACCGAGCAGGUUGAAGAGGUAAUGAGAGACAAGCGAUGCAUCACCAAGACUGUCAUGAACAUCACCGACACAGGCAGCUCCACAAUGCGAAACAUUGUGGACAAGAUUGUUGUCCCCGCGACAGCCAGCACUGGCACUGGAUAUGCUCUGUACCUGAACAAGAGCGAACCGUUGAAGGCCAAGGUAAUGGUGUCUCAUGCCUGGGACGAAUACUACCGAGACUUCGCGCUGGCCUUGCAGAAGGCAGGAAGGCCUGGACCAUUCUGGAUUUGCGCAUUUGCCAUCUACCAGCCAGAAGACAUCCCAGAACUGACCAUUGCAAAGCAACUUGGUCCUGAUCCAUCGCGAGGGCCUUUCUCUGCUGUGUUGAAGUCAGCGGACGCCAUGCUUUGCAUCGUGACAACGUCCUGCGACAUCUAUGCGAGGAUGUGGUGCGUUUUCGAGAUGUACACCGCCCUGCAAGUAGGAGUUCCGGUGCAGAUGUUUGCCUUUGCCAUCUCGCCGGCAGGGAUGCCUGGUAUCCGUGCUGGAGAAUUGACUAACGACCCCAUCAAAGAUACUUGCGAAAAGGCCAUUGACACGAAGUCAGCCCGUUGCGGUCACCCAUCGCAACCACAAAAUGAUGAUGAGAAGGCGAUUCGGAAGAAUAUCGAGGCAAUGCCCGGAAGCUACACAACUCUUGACGAAGCCAUUGAGCUCGCCAGGCUGCAAUACCUCAAGGAUACCUUGAAUUCUCAAGACUUGCAGGAUCGUGCUGCAAUGUUGAAGGGUAGGCCUUUCACUGAAGACCCCAGGGAGGUGUACCAGCAGGCUAUCAGCACAGUGGAGGCUCGAUUUUGUGGCACGCUGCGACCAUAG